AUGGACGAGACAAGAAGAAAGCCAAAGAGGGGCCUGAUUUUCAAGACGUGGGAGCGGUGCAAGACCCUCGGCCGGGCCGGCAAGAGCUCCUCCAAGCCGAGGCUGACGCACGGCCCGAGCCUCGCCAAGAAGAGCAAGUCCUGGAGCGGGCCCCUGCCUAGCUUGCUCAAGGAGGUCAACGCGCCGCCGCCGCGCCUCCACGGCAGCCUCAAGCAGCUGCGCGCCGCCGUUCCCGAGGGCUGCUUCUCGGUCUACGUGGGCCCCGAGAAGCAGAGGUUCGUGGUGAGGACGGAAUGCGCCAACCACCCCUUGUUCCAGAUGCUGCUCGAGGAGGCCGAGUCCGAGUUCGGGUACAGCAGCGGCGGGCCCAUCGAGCUCCCGUGCAACGUCGACCUCUUCUACCGGGUCCUGACAGAGAUGGACUGCGACGGGGAUGGGGACGGCAACGGCAGGACGAGGCGGCUCGGGUGCGGUUACGGGAUCGCCGCAUACCAGCUCCUGAGCCCAGCUCGGAUGAUCGCCGUCGGCCACCACUAUUAA